AUGAUGCGGCUGGCGCUUGCGAUCGUGGCGCUGUGCGCGCUGCAAAGCCGUGCUGCCGUACCAGCAGCAGGUCAAGGGGUCUGUCAAUCCAAUGUGGACUGUUCUGCAGCAGGUGUAUGCCAUGAAGGCACUUGCCAAUGUGAAACGGGCUACACCGGAGAGGCCUGUCAACAGCUCAACAAUCUCACCAUCCCCGUAAACAGUGGGUUUCGCAUGGACGACUAUCACAUCUGGGGUGCCCAGGUGGUCAAGGUCAACGAGACUUACCACAUGUUUGCCUCGGCUUACAAUGCCUCGCUCAACUUUUUCCAAAACUGGUUAUAUGAUGCCAUUAUUGUUCGCGCGACAGCCACCCAUCCGCUGGGACCCUUUACCUUCCAGAACGUCGUCCUUGAUCAAAUCCCCGGCCGCUGGGACAAGAACCCCAUGAACCCCAAAAUCGUUCGUGCAGCUGAUGGCACCUUCCUGCUGUUUUACACAGGCGACGCAGACGAUCAAGGCUUGCAGCGUGUGGGCAUGGCCUACAGUGCCACUGUUGACGGCAAUUUUACCCGCGUGCCACACCCCGUUCUUGAGCCGGCCCCCCCAGGCGCCUGGGAUAGCCGCAUCACCACCAAUUGCGCCGUCACCGUCCGUCCUGAUGGUGGGCUGCUCAUGGUCUACAAGGCUAGCUGCUGUGCAGAACCUGCCUCCCAAACCCAGGUGUGCUUGGGGGUUGCUGGCAUCGAUGAUUGGAGGCAAUUCAACUUUUCCCGCCUCAGUCCCGAUCCCAUCAUUCCAUGCCCGGCCAAUUCAUUCAACUUUGAAGACCCCAGCGUUUACUACGAUCCAAAUAGCGAUUAUUAUCACUUGAUUAUCAAGGAUGAAUACGGCACGGUGACACACGAUGGUUAUUCUGGGGCUCAUUUUAUCAGCCCAGAUGGGAUUCACUACAAUGUCACUACACCAGCCCUCAGCUAUUGGACCAGUCAUGUGUGGUCGGAUGGCCGUACCCGCCGAAUGAACAAGCAGGAGCGCCCUGAGGUAUUACUGGACGAGCACGGUUCCCCCCUUGUGGCAUACUUUGCCACGGACACGGAGUUGGACGGCAGUCAAAACAAGACCUGGAACAUGGCCAUCCCUCUCAAUCCUUCGCUCUUGUGA